UGUGUGUGUGUGUGGUUUGGUGGUUGUGUAGUUGACGGGGUGUGUACACAGAGUCUCGGAGGGAGAGACCAGAGUCCGGAUCAUGUCCGCGCUGCUGCUGCUCCUCCUCGGCCUCCUCUCCCUGCUCCUGUGCGUCCUCCGCGGCAGGACGAGGACGAGGAGGGAGGGAGAACCUCCUCUGAUCCAGGGAUGGAUCCCCUUCCUCGGUAAAGCUCUGGAGUUUGGAAGAGACGCCCACCGGUUCCUGGAAGACCACCGGAGGAGGUUCGGAGACGUGUUCACGGUUCAGAUCGCAGGUAAAUACAUGACCUUCAUCAUGAACCCCCUCCUCUACCCGAACAUCAUCAAACAUGGCCGCCAGCUGGAUUUCCACGAGUUCUCCAACAAGGUGGCGCCCUUCACCUUCGGCUACCCCCCCGUCUCCAACGGGAAGUACCCGGGGCUGAGGGAGCAGAUCCACCGCUCCUUCCAGCUGCUGCAGGGCGACGGCCUGACGCCGCUCACCGAGGCCAUGAUGGGGAACCUGAUGCUGGUGUUUCGUCAGGACCACCUGGAGGGGGGCGGCGGCUGGCGGAGCGGCAGCAUGUACCAGUUCUGCUUCUCCGUCAUGUUCGAGGCCACCUUCCUCACCAUGUACGGCCGGCCGACGGGAGCCCGCCGCCACAGCGGGAUGGGCGCCCUGAGGGAGGACUUCAUCAGGUUUGACAACAAGUUCCCGCUCCUCAUCGCUCAGGUGCCCAUCUGGCUGCUGGGGCGAACCAAGGCCGUCCGGGACCAGCUCAUCAGCUGCUUCCUGCCGAACCGCAUGUCCUCCUGGUCCAACACCUCCCAGUUCAUCAGGAGACGCUCGGAGCUGUUCGAGCAGCAUGACACGCUGACCGACGUCGACAGAGCUGCUCACCACUUUGCCAUCCUGUGGGCGUCGGUGGGGAACACGGCGCCCGCCACCUUCUGGGCCAUGUACUACCUGGUGAGCCACCCCCAGGCCCUGAGGGAGGUCCGCCAGGAGCUGCAGGACGUCCUGAAGCUCAGCGGAGUCCAGUUCAGACCAGACGAAGACGUGGCUCUGAGCAGAGAACAGCUGGAGAAGCUCGUCUACCUGGAGAGCGCCGUCAACGAGAGCCUCCGCCUGUCCUCGGCCUCCAUGAACAUCCGGGUGGUCCAGGAGGACUUCAGUCUGAGGCUGGACGCUGCUCGCUCCAUAGCCGUCAGGAAGGGGGACAUCAUCGCCCUGUACCCUCAGAGUAUGCACCUGGACCCCGAGAUCUACGAGGACCCACAGACGUUCCGGUUCGACCGCUACGUGCAGGACGGGGCCCAGAAGUCUGACUUCUACAAGAACGGCCAGAGGCUGAAAUACUACCUGAUGCCGUUCGGCUCCGGCUCGUCCAUGUGUCCUGGACGAUACUUCGCCAUCAACGAGAUCAAACAGUUCCUGUGUCUGUUGCUGCUGUACUUCGACCUGCAGCUGGAGGACCCCCAGACCAGGGCCAGGCUGGACUCCAGCAGAGCCGGUCUGGGGGUCCUGCUGCCCACCACCGACGUUCGCUUCCGUUACAGACUGAGAACCGACGGCAUUUAGUCCCAGUCCUCCUCCUUCUAUCUUUGUACUUCCUGUUAAAAACUGUUCACCUUGGUCCUGGUUUGGUUUCAGAGGCAACACUAACACACUGUGACCUGUGUGAGUCUUUAUUGUGUGAGUGUCGUGUACUGAUUGAUCCAACAGUGCAGCUGUGAGUCUGGACGAGAGGUGAUGAUGAAAUCAGUGGGACUAAACCUUUAGAUCAAGACCUCGUUAAAACUGAGACUACACAUCUACACAACACGGACACAAUCAACUACUCCACAAAGCUAAAACUAGCCAGGUGUGUUAAUGCAGAGUCCAGCUACAUGAGUAACUACACAACUAACUACACAUCCACACACUGUUGAUCUCAGAUGUAACUGACGUCUGCAGGAGAUUAAAAAAGGUUUAAUUUUAAAGAGGUUUAAAUGAAACUUCUCUGAACUCUACUCGUAAGAUCCCGACUCAAUAUGAAUAGAAAACAAAGAAAUGACAAGAAAUGACUCUUGAAUUAAGACUCAGCUGAUGUUACUCUGAUCUCCAUUUACUGUUUAGUUAAAAACAUGAUAAUAAAACUCUUCCUCCUCCUGUUAAGAAUAUUGAUAUGUUAAUAUUGUGUCAAUGAUCCAGAGCUGCUUGGGUUUACUUCCGUUUUCUUCCGUUUUCUUCCGUUUUGUUCUGUUUUGUUCUGUUUUCUCCCAAAAGACACAAAGUUAAAGAUGA